AUGUGGGAUCGUAUCCCAUUACCCACCUCUGUGGCACCGUCCUUCGAUACCUGCAAUAUAUCACGGACGUACGAUUUGGAUAUACGAGUCGGGUUAACACAUGGAUCUUCCGGUGUGAUGAAGCCCGAGCUCAUCGUCCUUCCACUCCGGAUGGCCGUUCAAGUCUACUCUGGAAUAGCCCCUCCCCAAGCUCUCUUAGAUGCCAUCCGGCGGACACCUAGUAAGGCUAGCAAGGCAUCUGAUGAUCCGCCUCCCAAGCCUCCUCGGCCCGAAGUUGCCCCGACAGUUCCCCCUGUGCAGGACGAGUACGACGAUGCUCCUCCAAGUUAUGAAGACGCCAUGGCAGAUGCUCUUGGGCCAGUGGACGGCCCGCGGCGCGAGUAUAACCCCCCAGAGCCAGGAUCAUGGGCAGGGGCUGAUAAUAAGGGUUCAGCGAAAAAUCAUAAAGACGACGAGCGGCUCUUCCCCAAUAGCGACCCGCGGAAUGCAUCAACGGAGUCUUUCUUCGAUAGCUAUCAUGCGAAUGCGACUUCUCUGGAUGGACAUGGUGCUAGCCGGCUGGCGCAAUCGACAUCAGCUGGGCAAGUUCAACAAACACAAGUUGUCUGGGAAACUCCAUACCCGGCGCAACAACUAUUGCAGCUACCGAA